AUGCCUCGUCCGUCUCGGAGUAGAGCAGCCGCCGAAUACCAGUUCCAACGCGCGUAUAAAGCCUGCAUUGCGUGCCGCCAGAGAAAAGUGAAAUGCGAAUUGGAUACGGAACCCCCCCGUCCGCCGUGCACACGGUGUGGAAAGCUGGGGAUCCAAUGUCUGUUCACGACGAAGCAGCCAUGGUCGAGGAACUCGAAUGAUACGUCGCGGAAUACCGCUCCAAUGCAGAGAGUCACCCGAAGCCAGGUAAAUGACCGCCCAGACGCUGCGUGCAGGGGCUUUCUGCUCUCGGUCAAGGACCCAACCGAGGAGCAUGUAUCUGGCAAACUUCCUGCGGAUGGAAUAUUCAAUACAGUCCUACGGGAGAAAGUAACUAGCGGUAACGACGCGUUGAAUAUUCUGUUCGAUGCGGCAGUUCAGCAGGACCAAGCGCCCAUUGUCUCCGGCACAGAGGCGGAUAAGACGCCCCAGCAGCCAUUAUUCGCGAGUACUAGUUUGAAGAUUGACUGCAGCUCGGAGACUGAUGUACUGAAAAUAUGGAGUGGUUGUCGCUUUGUCAAGAUGGGAUGGUUCACUGCGCGCGAAGCAGUUUUGUAUGUUGAUCUGUUUUUCCGCAAUAUGGCUCCUUUGUCGCCUAUUCUGACAGACUUCUUCGCCUCUCAUCAUACGCAUUAUUGGCUCAUCACGCAAGAACCAGUCCUGUGCUGCACAAUCCUGAUGAUCUCCUCGAGAUACCAUACCCUACCAGGGCCGUCCGGUGCCACGCGCGGAUUCUUCAUCCACAACAGGUUAUGGCAGCACUGCCAGCACCUCAUCCUACGGAUCAUGCUCGGACAGGAGAAGUUUUCCAAAGCAAAGACAAGGCAUUUGGGAACGGUCGAGGCUCUUCUGCUCCUAUCAGAGUGGUACCCGCGGGCAUUACAUUUCCCACCCGAGAAUGACGGAUGGGAUUCGGAUUUGAUGUUGACGGCGCCCAGCGAGAGGGACCCGCCCCCUGUGACGGAAGAGAGCCCCAUGCAAGACCGUUGGAGAGAAGACGUUGUCGAGCCGACGAGACGAUCGGACCGGAUGGCCUGGAUGUUGGUAAGCUCUGCACUGGCUCUUGCACACGAGCUUGGUGUGUUUGCUACCAGCAAUCGAUCGGAUCUGGCAGACAGCCGAAUUGUAGGGCCGGAUGUUAAGGCAGAGACGUUCUUCGCUGAUCCCAGUCCCCGAGACCGUCGUCAGAUUGACAAUGACUUGUUAGGAGAGUGGAAAGGGCGGCUUGGGCUAUGGCGACAUCAUCAUCAAGCUGUCGAUAACCUUCAUUAUGAUACUGUCCUCGAGAUCGAAUACCAGUACCUGAGAGUACUCUCCAACUCUUUGGGCGUCCAAGGCAUCGUCGAGCGAGUAUUAUCACAGACAGAACCCCACGGAACGAUAAACACGACAUUCGUUUCUCAUGCGCGUCAGAUUCCCCUAAGCAGGAGCGAGUACGAGUUCAUCGAAGAAGUAAUCGAUGGCGCCUGUGCAAUUCUUACACGUAUUAUCUCGCUACCAGGAACGAAGCCACUGUCAUUUUACCCUAUCAGAGUAUUUCUGCGUGUCAUCAGCUCCUCCAUCUUCAUUCUCAAGGCUCUUGCUUUGGGCGUAAGACCGACAAAACUACAGGAAUCUCUGCAUCUGCUGGACCAGGCUAUCGCUGCUUUGGACUCCGAUCUCCUGGACGACAUAUACCUUGUUUCGCGGUAUGCGGCCUUGCUAAAGAUUCAUGUCUCGCGGCUCCGGCAGACCUUUGCCAAUUCCAGCCAGGUUUACGGCAAAGGCGAUUCAUACAACCAAGAGCCUGGUACUUCGGUGCCCACAGCUGCUGAAAGAUUCGACUGGGAUCCCAGUAUGAUGGAUUGGUCUGAGGUCAACGGCUCUGAUGACUGGUUGUCACUCCCGCUAGACCCUUUGAUGGCGCCGUUUGGGUCCUGGGACGGUGGACUCACGGAUCUGGGGACGGGCUCAGGCGAUCUGAAUCUGGACUUUAUCUGGAACUUGCCCCCAUGA